GCAACAAAAGAGGUAGGAAAUCCCUGCGUGGGACAUCGCACACGCACACACGCACACGCACUCUGAGCGAGGGAGUGAAACACACCACGCAAAGCCGCCAGACAUCCAUCGAAAGCAGAAGGGGCAAUAAACAUCGAGUCACAGAAGCGGUUCAUACUUACUUAAAAAGAAUAUAUAUGUAUAUAUAUUCAGCACAAGUUUGACGUCCAACUCUGUUUGAGCGGCAUGCGGUGCCGUCGGCGAAUAGUAUCUCCUUCUCCUUUUUCUUUCUCCAUUCAACGAGUUGAUUUGUGCUGUCUUGUUUAUUUCUCUCCUUCUUUGUUAUUUUAAAUAUAUAUAUAUUAGUGUUGUUUGCUUUCUACCCGCCCACCGCUGAUCACGUUUGGCGGCCGUCAUCUUCCAUUGUUGGUGUGCUACGCUUGGGUUUCAGAUCACCGCUGUCGCGAUUGUCGCUGCGUCGCAAAAGGGCUCCUAACCCUUUUAAUUGUUGUCGUGAUUGUAUUUAUUAUCUUCUUUUUUAGUCCUCUGCGAUUUCACAGCUGUUGAGGUCGUCGCCUGAAUCGCGCUCGCCGAGUUCCACUCCGCGUGUUGUGGUGUUGUUGUUGGUGGUGGUGGUGGCGUGCGUAACUUACUUGAUUUCCUUUUCUUUUUGACUAUUAUUUGAUGAUCUGUGUUUUCUCUUCCUUCGUCUGAACAGCGCCAAUAGAAUUCUCUCCUACGUUAGUGUUUCAUUACUAUUUUUAUUAUUAUUUCUUUCAGUAGACGACGCACAGCACUUCUGGUGCGGCAACGCAUCCCAAAAUACUCAUUUAAAGAGCUUUACCCCAACGAGUUUAUUGUCCUUCCACGCGAGGCACGCAACUCCACACAUAUCCCGUUCAAUCUUCCAGCUUGACAGUCGCCAUGCAGCUGUCGGGCUCUUUUGCAGAGGAGAGCGCAGAGGACGACAAGAGCAACAGCGUGCGCCAAUGCCGCCUCCUCGCUACUGCGGCCGCGACAUCCACCGCAGCGACGGCGCACGCCGUACGCGUAGCAGCAGCGGAGCGUCCGUUCCGCGCCACGCGCACUUCUCUCCUCUCCCCCGACACGCUGCUCUCCCCCUCGACCGACUCGCACGUCAGCGCCACACGACGUGAAAGUCCAGUUGCACUAGAAAGCCUUGCGGCGAGUCGGCACACAGACGUGCGGCUCAGCACCACAACCAUCACCUCACCGAGAACCACGACAGCCACCACGCUCACCUCCGCCACCUUCACGGCCACCACACCGUGCAGCGUGCUCUCCACCUCUGGCAGAGGGAAGAGCGGGUCGGCGGCGCAGUACCGCGUGUAUCAACCCUCUUCGCUGUUCGGCGUCAACCCAACACCCGCCGCCUCCGCCUCGCUCUCCUCCUCGCAGUUGUUGAUGGAUGCGGCGGCGGGCAAGCGACCCAUCUCACUCGUCACAAGUGAGUACAACACCGCCUCCUCUUUCACCCUGCACAACGAAGGCGUGCCGGGUGAGGCGUCAGCGAAGACGUCGCCCACGCUGCGCCGCCGAUCCUUCGACGCCAUUGGCGAACCGGAAAGUGCGAGCGGCUCCACACGGCGGGUGGUGGGUCCGUUCGGCGGGUCGAGCACCGUCACACCUCGCACCCCGGCCGAGAAGAACAGCUGCGCCGUCGUUCGCAGCAGCGGUGUUGAUCACAGAGCGGGAGGCGGCGGGGCGCCCGCACAACAAUCCACAGCGCCGGUGGCGGUGCGCAUUGCCGCCGACAUUAACGCUUUUCCUGCCAUCGCCUCCUCUCCAUUGGGCGACGAGACGUGCGAGGAGGCGGAAGUGGCGCUGUCAACGGAGCCCGCGGCGGACAAGACCAAGAGGCAGCCGCCCAACUCCCGUGCUGGUUUAGCGCAGCGUCUCCCGGCGAAAGGACCGCGUGACGGCAGUCAGCUGAGCGCAGGCGAGGAAGGGGCACCUCGACCCCUCGCCGACCGCCGUCACAGCCCGCCGAAGCAGCGGGAAACGGCGUUGCAAAGAGCGCAGAACGAAACGGUAAGUGUGCCCUCAGCCGAGUCGUUGGUGGUCGCCGUGCCUGCAAAUGUGCUGGCGGUGAUGAACAAUUCCACGGCAACCAAGGCGGAGCUGCUGGCGGCUCUGCGGACGGCGUGUCUGCAGUGUGAGGCACUGCAGAAUCGCCUAACGGGGUUUGAAGGGCCACAGGCGGCAGACGAUGCGACGGCACCCAGGGAAGCCGCUGCCACGCCGGUUUCAUCCUCCCCUCCUCCUCACGACAACCGCGGCGUAGAGCACCACCGCCGAAGCAGUCGUGGCGGCAGCCACAACUGCAGAAGUAAUAGUAGUGGUGAAAACGUCGAUACUGCGACGGAGGGGCGUGGCGACGACGCAGAACGCCCGCGAACGCCGGACCGCAGCGAGCUCGUGCGUCGCCUUGAAGAAACUCAACUCGCCAGCUCUGCCUCAAAGCAAGGACGGGUGUCCCCGAUAGACAGCGCUCGCGAGGCCGAAGUCGCAGCAGCUGCUGAUGCGGCGGCGGCGGCGGUUGAGGGGCCACCGAGCAGUGGUAACCUCCAAAGCAAAAGUGCCUUCACCGCCUACGCCGCCCCGCCAGCACGUGAGCGAAGAAGUGCUUCCACGACAGCAGCGCCAGCUCUGCCCUUAUCCGUUUCAGCGCUGUCACGCAGCUCCGCACGACCCGGCGAGACAGCGAGCACCAACGCCUCGCCGGCCGCCGUCAGCGCGGACGUCUCGGCGGUGCUGCGCAGUCGCAUCGCGGAAGAGAUACGACGCGUGGAGGCGACCCGCAAAGGGCAGCAGCAGCAGCAGCACAGCAGCGCUGCACCAGGAGCUUUACUCCAACGUCGAGUGGAGAAGGACAGGAAGGGAAGGGAAGACAAAGGCAAGGAUGAUGCAGCGCCGGCAGUAGCGCCACCACCGCCGUCUCUCACUCGACGGCACAGCGCCAUCGGCCAUCACAGGGAAAAGUGCAGCAACACCAACGUCGUAGUGAAGGUGCUCGGCGAGCCGGCAGCGGUGGAGCGAAAGGUGCGCGAGGCCGUCGUGAAAACGCGUGCCGUAGAGCUGAAGCCGUCGCCGACUUCCCCACCGUCGCCGGCGCACGAACAACACCUGCCCAGCCGCACACCCGUCACGGAGAGCGGAGCAAGGAGGGAGAGUGCACACCACGCCAGCAACAGCAGCGCUCGCGACGAUGACGCAAGAAGAGAAGACGAAUCGAACGUCGAUGACGCGCACCGGCAGCAGCAACAACAUCACGACCACACCGGGCUGCACCGGCGCACAUCGCUGGUGUCCGACACCGCCAGUGAAAGGAGCCACAACGGCCCUGCGCUGCUCUCCACCCCCGCAGCCGCCGGUCGCCUCCCAAUGCCGCAGCCGCCGCACUCGACGCCGAGCGAGUCGGUCGCGGCCCUGGCGAUGGCGGGGUCGUCCGUCUCGCCCCGCCAGGCAUACCACCGACGACUGCCCGGGACGUCGCUCGCCUCUGUCGAGUCCACCUCGAACGAGCACGACGGCAGCGUCUCGUCCGUCGGCCACGGCGCAGCGGUGAUCGAGUGCGCCACAAGUCCGAUUCGACUCACCCCCCUCGUCUCCUCCCGCGCCCUCACCGCCUCCACGACACUGCCGCCGCUGCGGGGGGAGGACAUGCUGCUCGGCGCACAGAGCGCACGGCCGAGCAACGCGGCAGACAAGGACGGGACGCUCGUCAGCGGCGGCCCACGCGGACGGUGCGACGCCUCCCCCGCAGAGGCAGUGGCACCGCAAUUGAGCUGGUUGACGCGUAGUGCCAGUCCGGCCUCCCCGCUGAACGGCGUCCUCCCGAGCGUGCACUCUCUAUCGUCGCCGUCGCAGAAGUCCAUCGUAUCACGCAGCCCGUUAUGCAGCUCGAGUCACGGCGGCGGCGGGCGCGGCACCCCCUCCGCCACGGUCGACCCGUCGGGCAACCGCACGGGCAAACCGUAUCCCUCGCGUGCACCGGGCUCGACAACGCGCUCUGGGUCAGCGAACCGCAGCGUGGAUGGUCGGGUGCUCUCCCCACUGCCGCAGACGCAGGAGACGACGACGACGUCGCGGGCUGGACUUGGGAGCGUCCCGUGCGCCUCCGGUCACGCGAGUGUGCCCACGGCGGCCACUUCCAUUUUGGAGUUGGUGCGGCUGGUGGCGGACGAGGACGCGCCGGUGCCGCCACCAUGCGACGACAAGAGGGCGGAGCUGCGGGAGUGGCGACGGCAGGCAGCGAAGCUGGGACUGCGUGGUGCCCCGCCGGCGUGCUGA